ACAGUUGUAUAAUGGAUAGCGCAGAAAUAUCAAGAGAACAAAUUGAUUUACCCAGACAAUGGGAAGGCAAACUUGCGUAUCUUUUACAUAGAGUUUUAUCUAAAAAGGAAUGUGACGAUCUUAUACAAAAGGCAGAAGACAAAGGAUUUGAACCAACAUUUUUAAACUGUAAAGGAAGACGUAGAAGCAAUGGAAUAGAUGAGUAUGGAAAUUGUUCACGGUGUACUCUGGAAUCAAAAGAAGUGGCAGACACGAUGUGGAGACGAGUUGGUAAUCUUAUUCCAGAAAUAUGGAACAACAGAAAAGUUGUCGGUUUGAAUGAGAGAAUAAGAGUGUUGAGGUAUAAUCCGGGUGACAAUUUCCACCCCCAUUUAGAUGGAUCUUAUAUAAGAGAGGAUGGAGACCGAAGUUAUAUGUCCGUACAGGUGUAUCUCAAUCAAAAUUUUGAGGGUGGCAACACUACAUUUCUGUGCAUGUUAGAGGAAGAUAAAACAGAAAUUAUACCACACACAGGUACAAUGUUGAUAUUUGAGCAUGAUAUCCUACAUGAGGGAUCCAAGAUCUUGUCUGGAAGAAAGUAUGUGCUCCGUUCAGAUGUGAUGUACUCUGGUGAAAUUAUACCAAAGAAAUCUAAACUGUCGAGACUGUGUCAUCUCUUUAAAACUUGA